AUGAUCGCUUCGUGGACUCAGCAGGGCAUGACUACUACUACGGCAAACGCUAUAGAGAGCCAAGCGAGCACUACUAUUCGUCCUCUUCCCGUAAGAUUAGGAGGCAUCACUCUCCUCACAGAGGGAGAUAAGGAAGAUGAUAAAUCGUCGCAUUUGUCGACCCGUUCUACUGAGAAGGAAGAUAAGAAGUGUACCUUACCCGACGGUCUGGCCGCUUUGAAGGCUAAGAUGGCUCAAGACAAGGCGAAGGCGUUGGCUGAGGUUACUGUGUUGAGGGAAGUUGUACAUCGAAAAGUUACGGAAACUGCACAUAGGAUGGUCAGUGACACGGGUGAGGAGGCGACGGAAGCUCACAUAAAGGUGAUGUUGGAGAAAGCGCGAGAAUUGCAGGAAAAUAGAGAGAAGACUCCUGUUGAAGGGGAGAGGGAUGAUAACGAGGGGUAUUUUGUACCGUCACAUUUGGAGACUUUGGACGGGAGAUAUGUGGUUUUGAAUUCGGGAAGUUCUCAGAUUAGCAAAGGAGUUUUUUCGAAUGUGUUGAAGUGCAAAGACAAUAAAACGUUGGAAGAUGUCGCAAUUAAGAUUAUUAGGAAAAAUGAUGUGAUGACAAAAGCCGCGGAAAAAGAGGUGAAAUUACUCCGACGAUUAAACGAUGAAGCUGAUAAUAUGUGUGCGAAAGAUCUCAAGGGGAAGGACCGAAGUCAUAUUAUCAGACUGAUGAGGACGUUUGGGUACCAUGGUCACAUGUGUUUGGUAUUUGAAGCGAUGUGGAGUAAUUUGAGAGAUGCUAUGAAGAAAUAUGCAAGUCCUGGGGUGCGAGGAUUGGCGCCGCGUGCGGUAUGGUCUUAUAGUAGACAAUUGGUGUUGGGGUUAAAACACAUGAAAAUGUGCGGAAUUAUUCACGCAGAUAUUAAACCGGAUAAUGUGUUAAUUUCGAAAAAUCACGCGCAGUUGAAAAUAUGUGAUUUGGGAAGCGCGUGUGAAAUUCAGGAAGGAGAGGAAAUUGUGGAAUAUUUGGUAUCGAGAUUUUACCGCGCUCCUGAAAUUAUGUUGGGGUAUCGCAAUUACUCUUAUGCGAUCGAUAUGUGGGCAAUCGGGUGCACAAUAUUCGAGUUGUGGACGGGUAAGAUACUUUUCCAGGGCAGAAAUAAUAAUGAUAUGUUAAAGCAGAUCCAGGACGUGAAAGGGAAGUUUUUACCCGGGGUAAUACGUUCGAGUAAAUUCGUAAAAAGUCGGGGGCAUUUUAACGAGGAGGGCGAUUUUAUGUGGAAACAAAAAAAUGGAGUUGUGAAAACGAUUAAGGAUUUCGAACCAAAUCCUAGUUGUGAUACUAUUCGUGCGAAAGUUCUGCAGGGGACGCGAAAAUUGGCUGCUGAUGAUAAUAAUAGGAAACAUUUGGAAGAGAAAACGGAGGAGUUGAUCGAUUUGAUUGAAAAAAUGACGGCGUUGGAGCCGGCGAAAAGGAUUACGCCUGAGGAAGCACUGGAGCAUCCUUUCCUUGCAUCGCAGGUUUUGGUGUGA